UCAGCCGUUAGAACGUAAUCGGCAGCAGUGCGUCUCGGCUCUCGGCACUCGGCAGUCGGCAGUAGUUGUCAAGCACUCCCGGUCGAAGCCGUCCGUAUCACAUUUCGCUCAUCGGCUGCCGGAUUUAUUUUUGGUGAGGACGUUCACUCGGACGUGUGCUCAAACCGGCGGCGCCAACUUCAAUUUACACAGGGACGAUGUUGGCCCUAAAGAAUAAUAUCCCAAAGCAAAUCAGGCUUAUAACACAGCGAAAAUUUAGCAUAAAUACAGUGCUUAGGAAUGGCGACAAGCCAGUGGCGGGUGUCCCUUACAGCAGUCUCAAGAUUGGCGUACCGAAAGAAACAUGGAAGGAAGAGAGGAGGGUCGCCAUGACACCUACAGUAACAUCAACUCUAGUCAAAAAAGGCUUCACCGUGGCAAUCGAGUCAGGCGCUGGUGUGGGUGCAAAAUUCAGAGACUCGGACUACACGGAAGCCGGGGCAAAAAUUGUCAACAAAGAAGAAGCAUUUACCUCUGAUCUUGUUUUGAAAGUGCGCCAGCCUAGUGAAAGUGAGGUUCAACUAUUCAAACCCGACACUACACUAAUUUCAUUUCUUUACCCUGGUCAGAAUAGGCCACUUAUCGACAAGUUGGCUUUAAAGAAAAUCAAUGCAUUCGCGAUGGACUGCAUCCCGAGGAUUUCGAGGGCCCAGGUCUUUGACGCGUUGAGCUCGAUGGCGAACAUCGCCGGUUACAGGGCAGUUAUUGAGGCUGCUAACCAUUUUCCAAGGUUCUUCGCAGGUCAGAUCACGGCAGCAGGAAAAGUUCCUCCUGCAAAAGUCCUUGUCAUUGGCGGUGGUGUGGCUGGACUUGCAGCAAUCGGGCAAGCCAGGAACAUGGGAGCGAUUGUCAGAGCAUUUGACACCAGGUCAGCUGUGAAAGAGCAAGUUGAAUCUUUGGGAGCUGAGUUCUUGGAAAUAAACAUAAAGGAAGAAGGUGCUACUGCUGGUGGAUACAGUAAAGAGAUGUCCAAAGAGUUCAUCGAAGCGGAGAUGGCUCUUUUUGCCAAGCAAGCUAAAGAGGUCGAUGUCAUCAUAACGACUGCGCUCAUCCCUGGAAAGAAAGCUCCCAUUCUAAUAAAAAAGGAACAUAUCGAGUCGAUGAGCCCGGGUAGCGUCGUUGUUGACCUGGCAGCCGAGACAGGUGGUAACAUCGAGACAACCAAGCCAGGGGAGAUUUACACAUACAAAGAUGUGACUCACAUUGGUGUAACCGAUCUUCCCUCUCGUCUUCCCACCCAAAGCUCAACACUCUAUGCAAACAACAUUUCAAAAUUUCUUCUUUCAAUCGGAGAAAAGAAUCACUUUAAUAUCGAUUUAAAGGAUGAUGUUGUUAGAGGGUCUCUAGUCCUCCUGAAAGGUGAACUUCUGUGGCCACCACCUCCCAUCCCAGUGCAAGCUGCACCUCCUCCUGUAAAGCCAAAAGUGGCUAAAUUAGAAGAGGUCAAAGCUGUAAGUCCAUUCAGAGAAAGGAGUAAAGAAGUUGCACUUUACACAGCUGGAUUAUCAAGCAUUUUGGCACUUGGUGCGGCAUCACCAAAUCCAGAGUUUUCUGCCAUGACCUCUACAUUCGCUCUGGCCGGUAUUGUGGGCUAUCACACCGUCUGGGGUGUCACACCUGCACUUCAUUCUCCCCUGAUGUCAGUUACAAAUGCCAUUUCGGGGAUAACAGCUGUCGGUGGGCUGCUGCUCAUGAAUGGAGGCUUAUACCCUACUAAUGCUGUUGAGGCUUUGGCUGCAACUGCUGCCCUGAUAUCCUUCACUAAUGUUUUUGGUGGUUUUAUCGUGACAAAACGGAUGUUGGAUAUGUUUAGAAGGCCUGAGGAUCCUCCAGACUACAAUGGUCUGUUUCUUAUACCGGGAGCUUCUCUCGUCGGAGGAUAUGGUCUUGGCGUAAUGGCAGGCUAUUCUGAGAUGCACCAUAUGGCAGCCCUAGCAGCAUCACUGUGUUGUGUGGGUGCACUGGCAGGGCUUAGUUCGCAAUCCACUUCCAGGACAGGCAACAAUCUCGGAAUUGUUGGCGUGGCAGGAGGCAUUGCAGCUACUCUUGGUUACAUGAAUCCAAGUGUUGACGUUUUGUUACAAAUGGCGGCUUGCGCUGGUAUUGGAGGAAGUGUCGGAGCUGUUGUCGCCAAGAAGAUUCAAAUUACUGAUCUCCCCCAGCUCGUUGCCGCUUUCCAUAGUUUAGUCGGGCUUGCUGCUGUUUUGACAUGUGCAGCUACAUUUAUCCACGAUUUCCCAACUCUUGCUACAGAUCCAGCAGCUAAUGUCAUUAAAUCAUCACUCUUCUUGGGAACUAUAAUCGGAGGUGUUACAUUCAGUGGUUCUCUAGUUGCUUACGGAAAGUUACAAGGCCUCCUUAACUCUUCACCUCUUCUCCUUCCUGGUCGUCAUGCAAUGAAUGCAGCUCUUUUGGCAGCUAACAUUGGUUCCAUGGCAUAUUUCUUCACAGACCCUACACUCUCGGGUGGGUUGGCUUCUCUCGGCGCAGCAACUGUACUUUCAACAACAAUGGGAGCGACACUCACUUCUGCAAUCGGUGGUGCAGACAUGCCGGUUGUUAUCACCGUACUGAACAGCUACUCUGGCUGGGCUUUGUGUGCUGAGGGUUUCAUGUUAAACAACAACCUUAUGACAAUCGUAGGAGCUUUAAUUGGUUCCUCUGGUGCUAUCCUUUCUUAUAUAAUGUGCAAGGCAAUGAAUCGUUCCCUGGCCAAUGUCAUCCUUGGAGGAUACGGUACUUCUUCAACGCAAGGAGGCAAGCCGAUGGAAAUCACUGGUACUCACUCUGAAGUAUCAGUCGAUGGAGUAGCCGAACUCAUCAAAAAUGCAAAGAACAUCAUCAUCACCCCUGGGUAUGGACUUGCUGUGGCAAAGGCCCAAUACCCCCUUGCUGAAAUGGUCUCAUUUCUAAAGAAAAAGGGCAAGAAAGUGCGUUUUGGAAUUCACCCAGUUGCAGGCCGUAUGCCUGGGCAAUUGAAUGUACUUCUUGCUGAGGCAGGAAUUCCUUAUGAUGACGUUUUAGAAAUGGAUGAAAUUAAUGAUGAUUUCAAUGAAACUGAUCUCACUUUAGUCAUUGGUGCUAACGACACAGUGAACAGCGCAGCUGAGGACGAUCCAAACUCAAUCAUUGCUGGCAUGCCAGUUCUUAAAGUUUGGAACUCGGAACAGGUAAUUGUGAUGAAGAGAUCCCUCGGUGUCGGUUAUGCUGCUGUUGACAAUCCUAUUUUCUACAAACCAAAUACAAGCAUGCUUCUCGGCGAUGCCAAGAAAACUUGUGAUAUGCUUCUUGCCAAAGUCAAACAGGUCUACGAAGAGGCGCCUGCAGGUUAAUUUAUGUUUGAUUGCACUUUUGUUAUUGCAUUCUUCCAAAAGCAAAUGGUUUUUUCUAAAUGAACACCAUCCUUGGAAAAUUUAAGAAUCUCUUAAAUUGUUGAACUGUUUUAGAAUAUUUUCUUUUUUAAAUCAGUGAAAUCUAUAGGCUGUAAAUAAUUAAUUUUUUUAAAAAAUUUAAGGCACAGAAUAGACUUAUAUAUAGACUGAUAAUCAAUAUUAAAAAAAAAAAAAAGUAAAUUAGGAA